UCAAAUGCGAGACUGCGAGAGUGAGUUUCGCUUUUCGUUCACAAUUUUGUUGAGUAAGAAAUAAUAAAUUUUAUUGUUAGAAGAUGCCUGCGGGAGGUUCUGCUACGGAUUCUCUAAGAGAAAAAGCGUUUCAAGAUUAUAGAAAGAAGUUGAUGGAGCACAAAGAAGUUGAAUCCAGGCUGAAAGACAUGAGAGAACAGUUGAAAGACUUGACCAAACAAUAUGAUAAGAGUGAAAAUGAUCUGAAAGCCCUACAAAGUGUUGGUCAGAUUGUUGGAGAGGUGCUGAAGCAAUUAACAGAAGAAAAAUUUAUUGUAAAAGCUACAAAUGGUCCUCGUUAUGUUGUUGGGUGUCGACGACAGCUAGACAAGAACAAGUUGAAGGGUGGCACCAGAGUUGCUCUAGAUAUGACCACCCUGACAAUUAUGAGACAUUUACCAAGAGAGGUUGAUCCUCUGGUGUACAACAUGAGCCAUGAGGACCCAGGUGAUGUCACAUACGCUGCCAUUGGGGGUCUGCAGGAACAGAUCAGACAGCUCAGAGAAGUCAUUGAACUGCCACUGAUGAACCCGGAACUGUUUGUCCGAGUCGGCAUUACCCCGCCUAAAGGGUGCCUGCUGUAUGGUCCACCAGGCACUGGCAAGACCUUGCUGGCCAGGGCCGUCGCUUCUCAACUUGAUGCCAACUUUUUAAAGGUGGUGUCGUCAGCUAUCGUGGAUAAAUACAUCGGCGAGUCCGCCCGCCUGAUCCGCGAGAUGUUCAACUACGCACGCGACCACCAGCCCUGCAUCAUAUUCAUGGACGAAAUAGACGCAAUCGGCGGUAGACGUUUCUCUGAAGGCACAAGCGCCGACAGAGAGAUCCAGCGUACACUGAUGGAAUUGCUUAACCAGAUGGACGGGUUCGACUCCCUGGGCCAGGUGAAGAUCAUCAUGGCCACCAAUAGGCCGGACACCUUAGACCCUGCGUUGUUGAGACCGGGCAGGUUGGAUAGGAAGAUCGAAAUACCUUUACCCAAUGAACAAGCUAGGUUGGAAAUCCUGAAGAUCCACGCUGCGCCCAUAGCCAAACACGGUGAAAUGGACUACGAGGCGGUAGUCAAACUAUCGGACACAUUCAACGGCGCGGAUUUGAGGAACGUUUGCACUGAAGCGGGACUGUUCGCCAUCAGGGCGGAGAGGGAAUACAUCAUACAGGAGGAUCUUAUGAAAGCUGUGCGGAAAGUGGCCGAUAACAAGAAGUUGGAAAGCAAGCUGGACUACAAACCGGUUUAAUUAUUAAUCCUACUAUUAUUAAACUUAAAAUGUAAUUAUGUACUAUAACGUUAUAGAACUUAAACUGAUGUCAUUUUAGAGAUACAAUCAAUAACGAUGAAUAAUAUAUCGAUUUUUAUAUAUUUAUAUAAAAAAACCAUAAAUUGUGAGCCCCUAGCGCAUUUUAUUUCAAUAAAGACAAUUCAAUGUUUUUAACCUUUUUUAUAUUUCUUUGUCUACUAAACAAUACAAUUUUUAGCUUUACGCCUUAAAUCCCUAAAUAGUUUGUCUAGAGCAUAGACUUUAGGCGUUGUACAUUCGUUUUCAGACACAUUAAUUUUAUUUAUAUA